UUGACGUGCAGGAACAGAAUGUGUUACAUAGAAUAGACACUCGUAAGCUGUCUGGCAGUGGAUGGGUGCUUUGCAGAUUGCUCGCAUAGGAGGCUUAAUGAAGUAAUUCCCUUCAGAUCCUUGCUUGGGAGGUUGUGUUAAAGGACAUUGAUAAAGCAGUGUCCUGUAUGUGUGUGAUGUGAGACCCUUUGCUGUGUUGUUAGUGAUAACCUGCUAUUCUGACAGCACAAAGGGUCCCCAUCUGUAGUUCUGCUGCAAUCUUAGCAAUAUGUGUGCUAUGCUCUGUUGGUCAGUGGCAGGAUGUGGGUUAACGUAGAACUGAUGUGUAGAGAGGGUCCAUCAGUCACUGGUAAUUGCAGGGUUAAUGGAGAGAAGCUCUUUAAGUCUGGUUUGGGUAGAAUUUAACAGUGAUGCUCUAUGGGUCUUUGACUGGGUGGUGAGCCUCCUCCCCCAUAUUGUCCUGUAAAUAGCACAUACUUUCUCUGCUCCCAGACUGACCCCCCCAGACAUACCGAGCAUUCCUGUAACUCUUCCCAGGCCCAGGAGGCAGGGAACAUGGACCUAUAUGCACAUAUGUACAUACACAUAUACACUGUGCUGUCACACAUCUAUACAGACACGCAGUCUGCCCACUGUCACAGGCACAUGCUCUGCUUUGUCAAACUUGGAACCUCUUACUGCACAUACAGUAUGUGCUGAAGCACACACCAAGACUGCAACUUGCUUGCACACACAAGACGAUGUAUAUGACAGUGUAUUCCAUCUGUGUGCCAGGUAGAGAUAAAUGAAUACACCUAUGAUCUAUGGCAAGUUGUCUCGCUAAAAUGUUUAUGAAACGGUUAUUUCUGUGUUCUUCCCUAUGACUUUCUGACUGGUUUCCACUUCGUGCCCUGGUGCCAUGCUUUGCAGUACCGGUCAUCAUGUCGGCUUGCGGCUCAUUUACAGAGCAUGUCUGGAAACCAGGAGAGUGCAAGAACUGUUUUCAGCCCAAAGGACAGCACCAAUUGGCAGCUCUUGGCAGAGGCAAUUCUGGUCAGCCCCCACCACCCCCUCCGCCACCACCUCCCUACAGAGCUCAUCAUGCCAAAGUGAGCGUCAACCAGCGACCACGUGCCACCACAGGAUUCAGACCACCUGUAGCCAAGAAACCCACAAUUGCUGUGAAACCAACCAUGAUGGCUGUGGAUGGAGCAGUAGGCCAUCCAUUACCAGGUCAAGCUAGGUCACCACUGCCUGCUCAAAACACCAGAACCCAAGCCCAAGCUGUUGUAUUUAAUGAUGAUCGGGCAAACAACAACACAGGAGCAGAACAGAUAGUCACUAAUAACAACCAUGUGGGUAGCAGUGGGCUCACAGAGGUUUUGAAGGAGAUAGCAGGAUUAGGUGGCCCAUGUGAUCCUAUGCCUCCCUUAGAGGGAACAGCUCGAGAGAACUUUCUGUGUCGGAUCAACCAAUGUUAUCGACGCUCUUUAGAGAGAAAGCCACCUGCCAGCUGUCUAUCUGGAGGCCGUCAUGAAGGUGCUGCCCCAAACAAAGUUGUUCGAAGAGUAGCAUUAAGUGGGGAAGAGGGUGCAGUCAUUGGAAUGGAUGGUGGACGCUUUUGCUACCCAGAAUUCUCCAGUGGUGAUGACAGCUGGGGUGAAGAAGAUGAAGAAGAGGGAGGGGAGCGAGAGAGCUGGGAAGAGAGUGAUGAAGAACUCUUGGCCAUGGAGAUUCGUAUGAGAGGACAACCACGAUUUGCAAAUCUGCAAGGUGGCAGCCUGUCUCCCGUGCCAUUCAGACUAGGGAGACGUGAAAAGUGGAACACAGUGCCACUCCGCCAAAAGUCAUUGCAAAGAGUAUGUGCAGUGGAUUAUGAUGACAGCUACGAUGAGAUCCUAAAUGGCUGUGAUGUGGGAGGAGAGGGUGAAAGGAACAUGGUCCUACCUUCCCCUGAUACAUCAAUGGUUGAUUCUUUGUCAUGCCCUCCCUCCUCUUCCACUUCAUCUUCCUCCUCUUCCUCCUCCUCCGGGGGACUCUUUUGCAAUGGCAGUGUAGUCACAGAGAAUGCAGCAGCUGAUGGGCCAGAUGGAACAAAACAAGAGGUUAUUCAAGAUAUGGGUAUGGCUCAAGCAAAGCCAUAUCGUGUGGUCAGCUUGGAGCAGCCAGUGUGUAAGCCAUACACCGUAGUUGACGUAUCCGCUGCUAUGUCUGGAGAAUGCCCUUCUCGUUUGAGCACUAGACUUAAAAAAUCCAGCUCCACACGCUACCAGGAGGUUUGGACUUCAAGUACUAGCCCUCGACAGAAGCUUGCAAAAACUGAAACUGUAGAAGCUCCUAAACGAAACUGUUAUAAAUCUGCUCCAACUUCUCCUACUACUGGUCUGAGUGCCCAUACUGUACCUGUCCGCUCACCCAAUCUAUCUGAGAUCAAAUUCAACAGUUACAACAAUGCAGGAAUGCCACCUUUUCCUAUUAUCAUUCAUGAUGAACCAGAAUAUGCCCACAGUUGUAAAAGUGCUGACAAAGUGCCCAUUCUCAUCAAUCCGAGUGCUUAUGAUAACUUGGCUAUUUACAGAAGUUUUGUGGGUGCUGGUGGAGUCUUUCCACCACCUCCAGACAAGGAAAAACAGUCUGGAAGUGUAGUUAGUAACACUUAUGAAGAAAUAGAAACGCCUGCAAGAGGCCAAAAAAAAGAGGAAUCUGGUGUUGGGGUCUCCCAAGAGACAAGUGGUUGUCCUCGAGAGAGUGCCAAUCGUGUCCUUUCCCAGAUUGUGGCAUCGAUUCAACCACCUCGCUCUCCACCAGAGACUUUGACUCCUGAGUCUGGGAGUAGUGAUGAACAUCGUCCACCAGAGACUCAAUCAGAUCCAGAACUACCUGCAUGCUCUUUGGGAAGGCCAAAAACUCUGUUUUCCUCCCAGAGUCAAACUUUUGGAACUAAUAGCUUGAACAAAACAUCUCCUGCACUUUCCAGUGAUGAUAGUCCAACUGUGUCAGCUACCACAGAACCUCUUCCACCCUUCCCACCUCCACGUUCCACUUCUUCACCCUAUCAUGCCAGCAUGUUGCACAAACACUUUGCAACUCGUGGAAAACCAGUGGGAACUAACCGUCCUUUACCAAUCGACUCUGCAACACAGCCACGUCGGCCAGCAGAUGGCAAGCCACGCCGUUGGAUAUCCUUCAAAAGUUUUUUCAGGAGGAAGAAAGAGGGAAGUGGACAAGGGGGCUGUGAGGACAGAGGAGAGGAGGGCAAACUAGUCGGGCUUGAUGGCACAGUUAUUCACAUGCUUCCACCACCUCCAGUACAACGACACCAUUGGUUCAGCGAAAGUAGAGCAGAACCUGGGGAGAAGCCAUCUAUUGUGUUUGUGUAUCGAUCAGAAGAAGAGCGAGCAGCAAACAGUCCACAGGACAGCGUGGGCACUGAGACCAGGUCUAGCAGCAUCUCUGUACGCAGUACACCUGAUGACAUGCCUGUACACAGCUCUCCUUCCCUUGGACCCAUAUUGCUCGAUGGCCCUGGUGAGCAGACUGCGCUAGACCGUGCAACCCCACCUGCUGAUGCUGAGGUUCAAAAUCAUGAAGAGCCUGGCAAUGCUUCCGACUGCUCAUCUGACUGCAGCCCCGAGGGAGCCACCUAUAGUAAUUUGGGCCAGUCCCGUGCAAACAUGAUCCCAUACAAGCAGCCUCGUCAGACUCAUGGAGGAACCCCUCCUCUAGAUCCAGAACCCCAUCCAACCCCUCCCCCCCUUCCAAAGAAGAAUCUGACUCCACGCCAGUCCACACCAGAAAGAACACCUGGGACAUCAUUGAGCCUAGCCAACCCCACAUACGAUACAGAGCGUAGCUGGGAGGCUGGUGGAAAUGAGUCAGGAGACUCCAUAGAGCGAACUAAAAGUGGGGGGAGAAUUGCUGAGCUACAGGCUGAGGCCUUGCGUCGCUUCUAUGCCCGUUGUGAGGACAUCUUCAUGGCAGGGCAGAGAGAGCCAGUCAACUUUGGACUGGAGAGUUGGCCAGACUUCCGACUAACAAGCCCCACACCAUGUUGCCAAGCUGGAGAAGCAGUGUAUUACCGGGCAUCAUAUGCACAAGACCCUGGCAAUCUCUAUGCUGUAAAGAUCUGCCGCAGCAAGUCUAAACAAGCCCAGAGGCAAUAUUACCAUUGCCUGGCAAUACGACAGGGCCUUUCAGAACAUUUCAAUAUCCAACAGGACUGUGGGCAAUUUCUUGCCGAAGUACCCGCGCGUCUGCUACCCUGGGAGGACCCUACUGUAUCAGAAGAGGAGGAGGAGGAAGAAGAGCAGGAAGGGGCAAGUGUGGAGGUUUCCUCUAAAGGAAAGGAGGUACCAAACAAAAACCAAAAGCAGCCUCCAUCCACUAAUCAAGGCUCACUGGGUAAGCGGAGGAGUCGGGUGGUGGUGAUUACACGAGAGCCCCCAAGACAGACACUUGCAGAUUUUGUACAGGAGGGUGAGAAUCAGCAUCGCAGGGAGCCAGAGAUUUAUGAACGACAAGUGUGCUUGCUACUGCUCCAGCUGUGUGGGGCAUUGGAGCAUUUGAAGGCACAAGGUAUUACUCACUGUGAUCUUCGAUUAGGUAACCUUCUGCUUGCCAGCUGCCGGCCAGGUGUGGCAGGUUGUAGUUGUGCUCAUAGGUCUACCACACAAGAGGCAAAUGAAUAUGACAAGAAUACAAGUCUCUCUGAACAGAGAGCAUUCCCCACAUGUGCUGGUCGACUUCUCCUCACCAAUUUUACCCAAGCUAAAUUGAAAAGCCAAAGUGUCUGGCGUCCACAGGGCUUGGGUGAUCCAUCACGGAUGGCUCCAGAGAUUGUGGGAGCAACACAGUACCGAAGAAGUGAUGAGUUUCAGACUGGGAUCCUAAUUUAUGAGAUGUUGCACUUACCCAACCCUUUCCUGGAUGGGGGCUUAAAGGAACGGGAAUAUGGACCCCGGGAUUUACCAGCUGUGCCACGUCGUUCUCCAUAUUCACGUGGUCUAGGGCGCCUUGCAGGACUCCUACUGCAGCAUAGCCCUUCAGAUCGGCUCCAGGUCGGGCAAGCUAAGGCAGCACUACGCUGCUUAAUUUGGGGGCCGCGGGAAGAAGUACUGCAAGGACCAGGAUCUCUACAAAACUGGUUACAGGUGAAGAGGACAUUGCUACUAAUAAGGCUGGCAGAGCGAGCUCUUGAGAGGGAAGGUGGGGUAACUCUGGAGGACUGGUUGUGCUGCCAGUACCUGGCGUUUGGCACAGCCCAGGGACUGGCACAGACUCUACGGCUACUGGAACAAAACUGAGUGGCAUAGUCCACCCUAAACCUUUCCCUACAUGGUCUGUGUGCAAUAGCUGGGAAUACCCCAAAAGGCUCUGUUUUAAGAAGCUUGAAUGUCCAGUGUUAUACCACUUCCUUCCUGCACAGUCAGGCAGAUAUCUGUACAUGCAUUACACUAAUAUAUUAUCGCAAACCCAUUGUUUCCGAGGCAUGCAGAAGUCAGAGUUUAUUAAAUACUAUACAUAAUCUAGACACUAAUAGCAAACGGAUUUCAUUUGAAUUAAUAUAUUUACAAAAAAAAAAGAAAGAUAAAAAAAAAGCUCUUGGUUUUGUACUGCCACAUUUUACACUUUCUUAGUGAAUCAUGCUUUUUACAACAUACAUUACUGUUCUGUAAAACACUUUGUCAUUCUUCUCAUUAUAGUUCUUUGCUAUAAAAUCAGUUUGUAUUUACUAACCAGCUUCCAAAAUGACAUAAUCUCAUACGCAACCCACAACUACACUCACCAUGAAACUAUUGAUACCUGGUAAGUCACAAGUGAGAAGUACAGGUGCUCUUGCUUAGGAAGUGAUGCACGAAUUGAGGAGGUGCACUCAGACACAUUGCAGGAACUGCUUUUACAUUACACAUACACACACAAUCUGCCAGACUGUGGAGGGAGAGAUUACCAGAAAUAGUAUUAAUAUAAAAUGUUUUAUUCUGAAUGCUUUUAAUACCAUAAAUCCAUAUUUAUAUUUAUAUGCAACCACACAUGCAGUAUUCAUAAAGAACAACACCCAUAGUGUUAUAAUUCAUAUAUAUAUAUAACUAUAUAUAAACAAUAUGAAGACAAAAGUGUCCUUGACACUUCAAAUUCUAAAUCUAAUUGUGAGUGGGUGGCUAUUGUACCCAACUGCUCAGUACUUCCUCUGUUAUAGGAGGUGAGCAGGGGCGGUCAUCUGGUAAAGGUGGCCCAUGCUCCCACCCCUCCUUCCUUUCUUUUCUUUUUGUUGUGGUACCUUUUUCUCAUCUAUACUGCUGAUGUUCCUACAAUUGAUGUGUUAAUAAAUCUGUUGACUCUU